UUUAGAUGCACAAUUGUAAAGUGGCUGUUCCACUGGAUGUCAUAAGGUGAAUGCACCAAUUUGUAAGUCGCUCUGGAUAAGAGCGUCUGCUAAAUGACUUAAAUGUAAUGUAAAUGUAACUCAGUUUUUCACCAUUCAUGACAUUUAAUCCUAGUAAUAAUUCCCUGUUUUAGGUCAGUUAGGAUCACCACUUUAUUUUAAGAAUGUGAAAUGUCAGAAUAAUAGUAGAGAGAAUGAUUUAUUUCAGCUUUUAUUUCUUUCAUCACAUUCCCAGUGGGUCAGAAGUUUACAGACACUAAAUUAGUAUUUGGUAGCAUUGCCUUUAAAUUGUUUAACCUGGGUCAAACAUUUCUGCCCACAAAUUUUCUAUAGGAUUAAGGUCAGGGCUUUGUGAUGGCCACUCCAAUACCUUGACUUUGUUGUCCUCAAGUCAUUUUGCCACAACUUUGGAAGUAUGCUUGGGGUCAUUGUCCAUUUGGAAGACCCAUUUGCGACCAAGCUUUAACUUCCCGACUGAUGUCUUGAGAUCUUGCUUCAAUAUAUCCACUAUAAUUUUCCUUCCUCAUAAUGCCAUCUAUUUUGUGAAGUGCACCAGUCCCUCCUGCAGCAAAUCACCCCCACAACAUGAUGAUGCCACCCCCAUGCUUCACGGUUGGAAUGGUGUUCUUUGGCUUGCAAGCCUCCCCAUUUUUUCCUCCAAACAUAACGAUGGUCAUUAUGGCCAAACAGUUAUGUUUCAUCAGACCAGAGGACAGUUCUCCAGUACAAGUACAAUCUUUGUCCCCAUGUGCAGUUGCAAACCAUAGUUGUCACGUUCGUUGACGGAAGAAUUAGACCAAAGUGCAGCGUGGUAGGUGUACAUUUUACUUUUAUUUAAAUGACACCAAAAAACGACAAAAUACAAAAACGAACAUAAAGCUACAUGCAAUGCAGAAAGCAACUACACACAAACAACAUCCCACAAACUAAAAGUGGAAAAAGGGCUGCCUAAGUAUGAUCUCCAAUCAGAGACAACGAUAGACAGCUGCACAACCAGAAGAGGACUGGCCACCCCUCAGAGCUUGGUUUCUCUCUAGGUUUCUUCCUAGGUUUCUACCUUUCUAGGAAGUUUAUCCUAGCCCCCGUGCUUCUAUGUCUGCAUUGCUGUUUGGGGUUUUAGGCUGAGUUUCUGAAUAGCACUUUGUGACAUCGGCUGAUAUAAAAAAGGCUUUAUAAAUAGAUUUGAUUGAUGGGAUUCUGAUGUAAUAUGAGUUAGUGUGGAGUGUUUUAGAGUGUUUUCUAAUAUACUUGAGAAAUGUUUGCAUAUUACAUUAUAGUCAAUGGAAAGUGACAACCUAUUUUCUGACACUUUUGAAUGUGGGUCAAAAGGGAAAUGUAAUUAUUAUCUGAAUUUCCUUCACUCCUGCCUGCCCUCACCAUCUUUAAACGGUGCCUGACAGGCGGGGGCGAAGGACACUGUCUACUGGUCAACCCCGCCUCCCGUGUGCUAACUAGCUUGCUAGUUAGUAACACCUUGUGCUAGCUUGCUGUGCCCGACAGGUGGGGGCGAAGGACACUGUCUACCGGCCGUCCCUGCUUCCCGCUAGCACAGCAGGCAGAAGGCAGGCAGGGGCACUCCAAUACAGUGGGUGGCUUCAAUGCGCAAUAAAGUUGGUUGCCAGGCGCCUAUACCAAGUGUUAACCUAAAAGCUGUCUUGGGUUCAAACAUCUUCUAUUGUACAGAAAAUUAAUUGCUUAAUCAAUUGAGAGCGACAGAAUUAGAUUACUUCCCAACCAAAUAAUUUUUUUUGUCUCCUUGGACCUCGGCUAUAGAAGGUUGUAGCUCUGCCUCUGAAUGUCUAAGAAAUGAAACAAUGAUAUCCCCAAAUGCCUUGAAGUCAUGUCUUUCCGGGUAUUUUACAGCUUGUUUCUAGCAUAAAGCAUCGCAGACCAAAGCACUGUUAUAGAUCACUUAAUAUAAUCAGAUCAGUUUGAUAUUUUUUUCAAAAUCUUAAACUAGUGACGGGUAGGCCUGUGCUUUUGUCCAUUUUAUUUAAUAAAAGGUAGGCCUAUUGCGUAAUCUCUCAUACCCCCUCAAUUCAAGUACUGGUUUUCUUAACUGACAUGGAGGCAAUCUACUAUAAGAGCGCAUGUUGAGUGGAGGGAUAUAGCCUACAAAUCUAUGGACUUCCUAUACAUGGCCAUGGGAAGAUGGGUUUUAUAUUUUAUAUUACAGUUUUUCUCAAUUGCUAAAACACUAAAACCCAUUGGCUGAACAAAGUUCUCAGUUGCCUGGACUCAUUUAGCUAAUUAUGCAGUCUGUUGUCAAUACCUUAAACCAUUUCACAUGGUAAAACACAAUUUGCAGGUCUCAAUUAGACUUUUCAGCAAAACUCUAAACACAUUCUCAUUCUCAAAACACAUUCUGCACUCUAAUGCACAUGUCAUCCAUACUGGUAAACACAAGUUGCAACAAUCAAAUACAAAUAGAGAACACAUGUCAUUGAUUGAACACAACCACUCAAAAUUGAUUUAACCUGUUUCAAAUGAUGCGACACAACCAAUAUAAGCCAGUUCAGAGAGCAAACAGGUUGUUGAAGGUGGGAAGGAGAAAGUCUGAGAAUGGAUAGAAGAAACAAUGUGAGAGGACGAGGACGAGUGCGUAUGCGAGGUGGGCGACGAGGAAGAGGAGGAGGGCAAGAAAGAGGAAGAGGAGGACGAAGAGGAAGACAAAGAGUGGAAAUAUCUGAUGAAAUUCGAGCAACAGUUAUAGACCAUGUUCUUGUCCAUGGACUGACAAUGAGGGUAGCAGGACUUAGAGUGCAAACCAAUUUGAGCUGAUUUUCUGUGUCCACCAUAGUAAGGACAUUCAGAGAAGAGAACAGGUACAGUAUACUACUGUAUUUUUGUAAUUGCAAAUGUACUGUACUACACUAUAUGCAGCUGUUUCAAUAGACAUUUGUAAAGUUAAUCACUGUAUGUAUUGUACUGCAUGAAUAUGUUUUGUAACUGCACAACUAAUUUUUGUAGAAUUGCAAGGCUGCCACCUGCAGGUGGAAGGACAGCUAUAUUCACUCGGGAGCAAGAGGCCGUUAUAGUUGGCAUGGUCCUUCAAGAUAAUGCAAUGCGACUCAGAGAAAUCCAGGAACGAGUGAUACAAGACAACACACACUUCCAGGGAAUCGACAGUGUGAGCAUUUUCACAAUUGACCGUGUCCUCCAUCGUAACAGGAUGCGAAUGAAACAAGUAUACAGAGUACCUUUUGAGCGCAACUCACCAAGGGUGAAAGAACUGCGAGCUCAGUAUGUGCAAACAAUAUUUGACUUGGAAUCCUUGGACAGACCCCAUGAGUUCAUCUUUGUCGAUGAAGCAGGCUUCAAUCUAACAAAGAGGAGAAGGAGAGGCCGAAACAUGAUUGGACAGCGGGCCAUUGUUGAAGUCCCUGGUCAACGAGGUGGCAAUGUCACAAUCUGUGCUGCUAUCAGCAACCAUGGUGUUCUACAUCACCAUGUUACACUCGGGCCAUAUAACACCGAGCACCUUCUAAGAUUUAUUGCCAAUCUAAGAGAUAUUUUAUUUGAGCAGCAGGUUCAAGAGCAGCAGGGUCGAGAGCUAAAUGAGAAUCCCAUUCCCACCUAUGUGAUAGUGUGGGACAAUGUCAGUUCCCACCGAGCUGCUCAGGUAAGGGAAUGGUUUAACAUCAAUGGGCAGUUUAUGAACUUGUACCUCCCUCCAUACUUGCCUUUCCUGAAUCCGAUUAAGGAGUUUUUCUCCUCUUGGAGAUGGAAAGUGUAUGAUAGACAACCCUACACCAGAGUAAAUCUGCUGCAAGCCAUGGAUUUAGCCUGUGGUGAUAUAGGUGAGGAAUCAUGUCAGGGCUGGAUACGGCACACAAGAGGCUUCUUCCCCCGUUGCCUCAGGAGGGACAAUAUUGCUUGUGAUGUCGACGAAGUGCUCUGGCCUGACCCAGCCCAAAGACAGGAAGAAGCACAUUGAUCACAUGUUUACUCCUUUGAUUUUUGUCCCUUUUAGUAUUGUAUACUGUAGUACAGUGCAUUGUAGGCUGUAUACUGUACAAUGGACAAAUUGUAUGGCCCUGAACAUUGUGCUUUCCAUUUAGUAACAGUACUGACUGCUCAAUAGAUUUUGACUGGUUGCAGGUUCAUAUCAACAAAGAACAAGAAUUACAGUCUCACAGAGACAAAGGACACGUUUGUGAGAUGCAGGGUACAGUACUGUAAAAAUAGGGGUACAAGGAGGAGGAAGAACAAAAAACAAAAUUGCAAUGAGCAAAGCAGAGUAGUAAUUUCUGAUGCAUUUUGAGCUGCUAUGAUAGAACAUGUUUUCGUUCAUCAAAAGACAAUGACAGAAAAAUAUGAAUAUUUUUUUAGAUUAAAAAUUUACAUCUCCCUGAGAAUUCUAUGUUUUGAACAAUGUGUUUUCUAUUUUUCGGUGUAUUGUUUACUGACUGCUUGAGAGUGUAUAUCAUUUUGAUCACUUUGUUUAUGAUUUGAGAGCAGUGUUUGAUUUUGAACACAGGUCAAACUGUUUUGAGGCGAAUGUUUCAUUUUGCGAGAGGAGUCAGAGGUUAUGUAAAUAGUGCUUGAAGAUGAGGUUUUAUGUUUAAUGUUUUCAGGAAAUGGAGCAUGGUUUCAGAAAUUGUGUUUUAGCAAUUGAGAAAAACUGUAAUUAUUUUUAAAUUGUGAUUUAUCAGGGGGUGCUGCAGCACCCUCAGAAACCCUACUUCCCGUGGCUAUUAGCCUAUCACACGAGGUUGGUGGCACCUUCAUUUGGGAGGAUGAGCUCAAGUGGAAUGAGUGGAAUGGUAUCAAAUACAUCAAACACAUGGCUUCCAUGUGUUUUGUGCCAUUCCUUUUACUCAGUUCCAGCCAUUAUUACUGUAUGGGCCGUCCUCCCCUCAGCAGCCUACUAUGGAGCCUAUAGCUUUUAAGUUUGUUUGUCAAACAGGUAGGCCUACCUCUUACUUCUUAAAUAGGAAGAAAUAAGCUCCAACACAAAGCUAUCUUGUUGUUAGUCAAAUAUAAUUAAAAUGAAGACGUUGAAAUGGAUUAUUCUUACUCGAAAUUAAUUACUUUCAGCACUAUGAACUGUCCAUUUCCAAUUGAUUGGAGAUUCAGGACCACAAAGUUACUCGGAUCUGGUUAUUGUGAGGUCAAUAACUCUGAUAAAUACAUAAUGGGUAAGAUGAAGAAACGUGCAGUUUUUAUUCAAAUCAAUUAUAGUAGUAGCGAGCUAUCAAAGUUAACCUCAUCUUUGCGCUCUCCUUCUCAAAGUGAACAGAACAUAGGCUAUAGGCUAGUCCGCGCACAAUUUUUGGAAUAGGGCCUAAUCCCCCC